AUGGUGCAGAGAAAGGUGACGAGCAAGGCCUUAAUCCACGCCGAUAAUGGUGAAUUUGAUAAGCACUUGGAACACUUGCAGCAGUCUUCUCACCACCAGGAUGGCGUAACCAGUGGAGAUGAGACGAAUAAGUCAAGAUCAAUUCAGCUUUCUGAUUUAGAGGCUUUCCAAUCAUCACCUUCAAGACGAAGCUUUUCCAAACCCGGAAAGCCAUCACCUUCUCAUGUUCCAAUCACUGCCAAAUCUCAAAAAACGCAGCAGCCACUGAUGAGAACAGACACGUCAAUUCAUUACAUGAAGCCCACCAUCAGUUCAGGUGCAAAGGAGCUCUUUCCAGCGAGCCUUUCCAACUCUCAAGCUGAUUAUGAUUAUAAGGAUCAAAAGGAAAAGCUUUCUAGUAAUUGGAAGGCCAGCGUUGUUCCUGGUAAGCAACCUGCAAAAACUUUGACAAGACCAUCAAGUUUGAGGAACUCUCUGUCUCCUAAACGCCCCAUGACUGAUCCUCGUGUUACAGAGUCACAGAGAACUUCAGUUAUGAAGGAUUGUCCGUAUACAUUUUGCUCUCUUAAUGGUCAUUGCCAUACUCCUUUGCCUCGAAUGAAGAGCUUCUUGUCAGAAAGGAGAAGUCUUUUUAAGGCCGAGAAGACCAUGAAGCAGGAAGAACUAAGCCUUCAAAGAUUGAAGGUGCCCUUCAUCACCAAAGUCUUUGACACUGAGCAGAUUGUUAUUGAUGGCAAUUCUGCAGGUGAUGACGCAGAAGUAGAUUUCUUUAUUGAAAUCUAUGCUAACGUAAAGGAACAUGAAUCAAAACCAGCAGCAACAGGUCAUGGACAUGAAACAGGAAAACUAGAAUCCUCUGAAGAGCUUCAGGAUCAAGAAGUUAUCAAGUUUAUAAUUGAGGAGAAUAGCUUGGCUGCAAGAGGGGAUAAUGUCAAGCAUAUUACCACAAAUAUGUCUGACGAGUCCCCUGAGCUUGAAUCAAAUUCCAAGAAAUAUUUCAAGAAAUACUAUGAUGAUCCUGCAACUAAGGCAGAUACCAUGCUAAGCAUUCAUCAGGAACAUAACGAAGAAUCUGCAAGUGAAAGCCACCCACCUAGCUGUUCUCAUAAAGGUACGAGUAUGGAAAUCUGCUACAAAGGGAUUAGAUUUAAUGAUUGGGAACAGUUGGGAAGCAGUGAAAUAGAUGAUUGUGAUUUUGAAGCUACUGAUACAGAGUGGAAGGAGGAACAAUUUUGCACGUCAAAACUUGAAGAGAGAGUUGUUUUAGCUGAAGAGGAAACAGAGUUCAGGCUUGAGUCUUCAUCAGAGAGUUUACUAGAGGCAUCUGUAAAAUCAGAUAAAAUUGUUAGCACUAGAAGGCUCGAAAAGAUAGAAUACUUAGUUGAAGAAGCAUCCCAAGAAGCCAAAGCAAAAGAAUGUGCUUGUUUUGAAGCACAACCUCUUGACACUGUUUUGGACCAGGAGCCACAAUUGAAAGCACAGAGACUCUUACAUAAGAUUGAUGAUACCGAUGAAGGCAAAGACUCAAGUCCAGAGACUGAUGAUGGAAGCACUAGCCAAGCGACACAUAUUCUAAUGAAAGAUGUGCAAAGUGAAAAUAUCUUUACUGCUCAAGACAAGGAAAUGUUGGAAGCAAUUGAGAGUGGAGCUAAUAAGUUGCAGGGCACAAGCUGCACGGGCACUGAAGAGGAGAAAAGAAGCAAGAAUUGGAGAGGAGAAAUGAAGCACAAGAUACCUGUCAAGGAUGAUGAGCAACUGAGGAAGUUCGACCAACGAAUGCCAAACUUCUUGCCCUUGAUCCCAAAUCCAGAACGAGAAAAGGUUAUUCUCAAACAUCAGAUAAUGGAUGAAAGAAAAAUUGCAGAGCAAUGGAUGCUUGACCAUGCACUUAGGCAAGCAGUCACCAAACUUGCUCCGGUGAGGAAAAGUAAGGUGGCACUGCUGGUUGAAGCGUUUGAAGCAGUAAUGCCAAUUACCCAAAAGGAAAAACCAUUGAAAAAAGGUUCAGCCUUUGCUCAUGGAAGAACUAUCCAUGCUUGAAACCAGUGGGUGUUUCUGAGGUAAAGACAGAUACAUUUUCUCAUUCUAAUCUUUUGCUAAACAAAAAGAAUAAAAUAACUGUUUGAUGCAUUUAGUAACUGACUCUCCAAUAUAAACUUAACCUCACAUAUUCUUACUGAUUUAAAUGAUUUCCUUGAUUAUUAGCACUGGGUGCUAGUUCCAAUUUUGAAAGAGGCAAGCUUUCAUUGUAAAGCUCUUCGGCAAAACUAUUUUCCGUCUGCAGUAGAAUGGACAGUAGAGAUUGAACAAGCAGCAGGUGUGAAAGGAACAAGCCUCCACUGAUUUGAAAUCAUUCAACAGGGUACACAAACUGGAAGUUUGAAGGCAAUACCUGUUCAGCGAAGCCCCUGCGUUAAUAUGGCAAUGAGGUCCCUAGCCCCUUUCAAUUCCCCUAGCUUCACUUUGUUCUAUUCUUCAAUAUGUUUUUCAAUCUAUUCUUUUAUUUUAUAUUUUUCGAUCUUUGAUCACCCACUAAUGUUUUUGGUCCAAAAAAAAUACUCGUUAAAUCAAAUGCAACUCCCAGACGGGGGAAUUUUUUUUU